AUGGAGAGCUUGGAAAUGGGUGUUGCGACAAGCCAAGAGAGAGUCGGAGCCCUCGCUAGCGCAGGGAGGCAGUUGAUGGGCUUUUCCAAGAAAGUGACGGCAAAAGUGGUGGAGGUGGCCAAGAAGGUGAUGAAGCUCGGGCAAGAUGACCCGAGGCGAGUCGUUCAUUCACUUAAAGUAGGAUUUGCACUUUCCUUAGUGUCGCUGAUCUAUUACCUCCAGCCGCUCUACAACAGCUUCGGCAUCAACGCAAUGUGGGCGGUCAUGACUGUGGUGGUCGUCUUCGAAUUCUACGUUGGGGCCACUCUAGGUAAAGGGUUGAAUAGAGGAUUAGCGACGUUGCUUGCCGGUGCACUUGGUGUUGGUGCUACUCACUUGGCGAGUCUCACAGGAAAAACCGGCGAGCCCAUAAUGCUUGGUUUCUUCGUCUUUCUUCAAGCCGCCGGCACGACGUUCGUGAGGUUCUUCCCCCGAAUCAAGGCGAAAUACGACUACGGGAUGCUGAUAUUCAUACUAACGUUCGCGUUGGUGUCGGUGUCAGGUUUUCGGGAAGACAAGAUAGUGGAGUUUGCGCACAAGCGGCUCUCCACCGUCGUCAUCGGUGGCAGCGCUUGCCUCAUCAUCUCGAUCAUCGUGUGUCCCGUCUGGGCCGGCGAAGACCUCCACCUGCUCAUCGCUUCCAACAUGGAAAAGCUUGCCAACUUCUUGGAAGGAUUUGAGGUUGAAUAUUUGGGAGAAUCAGAAGAUGGUGACUCGAAUCGAGACAAGUCGCUUUUUCAAGAAUACAAAAGUGUUCUUGGAACGAAAAGCAAAGAAGAAUCUUUGGCAAAUUUUGCAAGUUGGGAACCAUGUCACGGCCCGUUUGGCUUUCGUCAUCCGUGGAAGCAAUACCUAAAAGUUGGAGCUUCGAUUCGUCAGUGCGCCUAUAGGAUUGAAGCCCUUGAGGGCUACCUCACCACUAAAUUCCAAGCGCCACCACAAGUUCAAACCAGACUCAAGGAGUUCUGCGCAGAGAUGGCCAUGGAAGCCGCCGAAGCUUUGAGGCAACUCUCAUCUUCCCUCAAGACGAUGGCUACGCCGUCCUCCGCGAUUCCCCACCUUGAGAAGUCCCGAACUGCCGCGAAAGCCCUCAAGUCGCUGCUCAAGACAACCUCCUGGAAGGAUGCGACCGACCUCCUCGCCGUCGUCCACGCCACCACCGUCACCUCGCUCCUCAUUGACAUCACUGACUGCACGGACAAGAUUGCAGAGUCUGUCAACGAGCUUGCCUCCCUUACCGGCUUCAAGACUGCAGAGAAGGCGAAGAAGCAUCUCAAGUGCGAUGAAGUCGUGCUGACUGUAACUGCACCUGAGGUGACAGUCUCGUCGGAAAAUGGGAGUCCUCUGGUCAAAUCGCCUCCAGCGCCGGUGUUGUAG